AUGCACUACAUUCGCUUCCUCAAAACGCCCAAGAUCCACGUCGAAAACGGCACCAUCACUCUUUCGGCCGUCAUUACUCUCACUACCGACCUAGGCGAGACCUUUUACCCUCACGACAUCCAGCUCGCCGCAUCCCUACGCCAAUCUGACCAUGGCGGCGAUAUAUACCUCCGACGUACGCUGCAAUGGCUGGACGGUAGCCGUUCGCUCAACAUCUCCCUCGAUCUCACUAGAACUGAAAUCGACUGGCCUGCCAAACUCCACGUCCACACAAAAACAAAUACCUCCAUGUACGACUGCUUCGAGGAUCACCAUUCCCAAGGUCACCUUCCAGGCAUCAUCUCCGUGUGGAGUGAGACUCUGAACCCCACCAAGGGCACCUUCAACACAGACAGACGAGUCGAGCGCCGUUUCACUCCUUUGACCGGGCGCACUCUGAACAUCUUCGAAGACACUGGUGAGAGUAUUGCCCGCCAUCUCUGGGAUGGCAGCUUGGCUCUGACCGCCUACCUCGAUCGCGUGGUUGCCCUUCGCUCCGUUCACGAAGCACCACUGCUUGAAAGUGUCUUGUCUUCCGCCACAUAUAAGAAACUGAAUGUCCUAGAACUGGGCUGUGGAUGUGGUGUCGUUGGUAUUGGUCUUGCUCAGACCGUACCCGACUGCGAUGUCCUCCUCACCGAUUUGCCCGAGGUCGAUGAAUUGGUCGAGCGCAAUAUCGAAGCCGCCAACCCUGCCAUGUCCUCAAAUAUCGACUUCGCUCCUCUGGAUUGGGAGGCCCCAUUGCCACCAAAAAUCUCCUCUCGCACGUUCGGCCUAAUUCUGGUCGCCGAAUGUAUCUACAACACCGAGAGCAUCCCACUCUUAGUGAGCACGCUCGAACGCCUCAUUCAGCGUUCACCAAAAGCAGUCAUCCUCAUUUCGACAAAAGUCCGUCAUGAGAGCGAAUCCAUGUUUUGGGACCUCUUCCACUCAAAGGGUUUCCAGAGAAAGUCACAAACCUCCCUGCCGGUUCCUGGUGAACCCGGUCACGGCUACGGCGAUUCCGCGACUGCCGUUGAUGUCUACAUCUACCAAGGCCCAAGACCUUACAACAGCCACUCACCACCUAGUUCAAAAGCAGUCAGUCCUGCUUGA